GGGAGGUUCUGAGCAUGUGUGCAGAGGAGGUGCGGGCGACUGAUAAUGUGUGUGCGGCUUCCUCCAGGAAUCCAGACAGCGUUCCUGAAGUGCCCACCAUGGUGAGAGCUGCACAACUCAGGAACUUACUAGAAGCUUCCUUAAAGUCACGGUUAAGGCGACAGGAUGCUGGCCUGAAGACUCACUUGGACCAGCUGGACCAGCAGAUAAGUGAGCUGCAGCUGGAUGUGAGCCGGUCAUCCUGUGAGGCCCUGGACAGUGACAGCAGGCCCAGCUCAGGCUUCUACGAGCUGAGUGACGCUGGUUCCUGUUCCCUGUCCACCUCAUGUGCAUCAGUUUGCAGUGACCGCCUGUCCCCCUCGCUGGGUGGCUGGCUGCCUGUGUUCCAGCCCUCUAAGUCCAGGUCUGGCAUAGGAGACUGGCGACCCCGCUCUGCUGAUGAGACCACUGUCCCUGCGUGGAGCCCACAGCCCAGUAGAGAAGACAGCCGGUUCCUGCAUGGUUCGGAGGACACAGGCCGUCCAAGGGGCCUGUUCCGACCCAGACCAGUGUCUACAGGCGAUCUUGAGCGAGUCCUCCCAGAUGACCUGGGGCUCCAGAGAGCUGAGACUGAUGCCGCGUCCUCAUCCCUCUUCUGCCAGGGGAUAGAGGUCCCGGCCCACGCACUGGACCCCAAGUACCAGCGUGAUCUGGUGGCCAGGGGUGGCCAGGAGGUGUACCCCUACCCCAGCCCCCUACAUGCGGUGGCUCUACAGAGCCCCCUCUUUGCUCUGCCCAAGGAAGCGCCACGUCUCGACAUCUACUCACCUCCCCAGGAGCCUCCUCUGGUCCCCGUUGAUCAGAACAGGACUCAGACUGGGCCGAUCCAUGAGCUGGGCUCAGCCGAAGCCUACAUCCACAGGCUCUUGCGUCUGCGGGGCCAAGAGCUCCCCGUGAGAGAUGUGGUGCCGGAGCCCGGAAGUGACGUGGCUCCUUUCACGCAGAAGCUCUGCGGCCAGAGGCCAGAGAGUGGAGGUCCACUCGAGAAGCUGGCCGGCGGGAUGGACAGGGGAGGAAUGGGUAGGGAUGCCGCCAAGGACAGCCUCAGGCCACAGGGGUCUGUGUCCCUUGCGGAUGCGGAGCCCCUCAGCAGCCCCCUGAAGGAGGAAACCACACCUUGGCAUCCCUGUGCCCGUGGAGACAACACUGUAGGCUCCUCUCUCUGCGCCCAGGCCCAGCAGCCCCACAAUGGCUAUGGCCAAGGACAAAUCCUGUCCCCAUCCAGGAUGCUGGGCCCUGAGAGUCCCCCUCUGGCCCCAGGGCCCUUUGCCUACCCAUCCUGCACCACUGGUGACACCUCCCCAAUGAGGCUGAGGAUGGGCUCUCCCCAAGGCCAGGCCAUGAAGGUCAGAGGGAGGGUCAGUGACCAAGUGCCCAGGCUGGGGAAGCAGCUCCCGCCACAACCCGAGAGACAGCAGCGGGGCAUCCACGCUGUGAUGCCUCCAGAGUGGGACCCCCCAUCCAGGCCCCAGCAGGGAGGGCUCAGCAGGAGGCCCACGCUGGUCAGAGAGCCUCCUGGACGCUCUUGCUCUGAGUCCACCCUCUACCCCGUGCCCUUCUUUGUCCCCCUAGUGGUGGCCCCGCAGGAGGGUUACCCAGCAUCCCAAGCUCUGUUCCCCGUGGAGGCAUCCCCUCUCAGCUCAGCAGCCAGGAGGAAGCAGCGCCGGUGGCAGUCUGCUAUGGAGAUCUCAGCCAAAGCCCGCUUGGCUGGCCAUCCUGGGCCCAGCUCGGGGCCCACUAGGUCCCCAGCCAGGAGAACAGGUGGGCCCCGGGCCCAGAUCAGGCCCACACUUGCCCGUCAGGAUGCCUGUGCGAAGAGUGAGUCAGACCCCUCAGAGCACUCAGCAGAGUGCACCUCAUUAUUCCACUCAACCAUCGCCGAAACCAGUGAGCACGAGGAGGCCAGUGACCACACCGCCAACCGCUUCGGGGACGAGUCCAGUAGCAACGAUUCAGAAGGCUGUGUCCAGAGCCGCCGCAGUAGCCGGGGAAUAGGCAGUGCGGAGGCUGGGCACGGGGAGCGGGCCUGGCCUCGGGCGCACCCCCAGCAGUCCCCACGGGCCCCGGGAAGCAGCAGGCCACCCCUGCCCCCUGUGCCCAAAUUGUGCCGCAUCAAGGCCUCCAAGGCCCUGAAGAAGAAGAUCCGCAGGUUCCAGCCAGCGGCCCUGAAGGUCAUGACCAUGGUGUGAUGCCAGUGUUUUAGGACAAGCCUAGGGCCCCAGAAAGUGCAAAAUCCUUCCAUACCAUGUGAUGAGCAGGCUGAGGCUGGUACCACACACCGCGGGUCUGCUUAGGUGUCUCAGUCACCCUCACUGUGGCUGUGAGUUCUCUGGGGUGAUUUUCCUUCCAGCCAUUUUCAUUGCAUGAUCCCCGCUGCGGCUUUGUCCUCCACCAUGCUUCGGCUGGUGUGUGGGGAGAGUUCUCUAAUGAGGCGUUCCUUCCCAGAGACGGCUUAGAUACAUCUCCUCCUGUUGGGGGAAGCAGAUUUGAAUUCAGCUCCACCUUACACUCAUAUGAAUAAGCACCUGCAUGAUGCUGGUAUAACACCAAAUAAAAGAACCAGUUCCCUUCC